AUGAGGAGGCUGUGGGGAGCUGUAGAGACGCUUUGUGGAAGCUUUGGGGACACGCAGGGACCUGUGGAAGCCGUGGGGACCCGUGAGAAACAGUGGGAACUGAAGCGGAUCGGGGCGGGGAAGGGGAAGGCGGGGAAGGGGAAUGGGAAGGCGGCGGGCGGGCCCUGCUCCGGCACCGCCUCCCCUCAGCCGCUGAGGGCGAUGGAGGGCGGUGAAAUUCCCCCCGAGCCCGCCGCAGGUGGAUCUGGUUCUCUUUUCCAAAGCCCCUCAGCGCGGCUGUGCUCUCCUGAAGCCGAGCCUGGCCUGGCGGGGCCCGCCCGGCGCUUCCCGGCGGCGGCUGUGGACGCCAUCCUGAGGGAGGUGCUGGGCAGCGCCCUGAGGGAGCAGCGCUACGAGCCGGGGCCGUGCCGGGAGGCGGCCAAAGCCAUCGCUGAGGUUGUUCAGGCGCGGGUCCAAGAGCUGGUGGUGCCCAGGUACAAGAUCGUGGUGGUGACACACAUCGGGCAGCUGGGCCAGCAGAGCCUGCAGAUCGGGAGCAGGUGCCUCUGGGACCCCACCAGUGACACUUUCUCCUCCUAUGUGUACAAGAACGCCUCGCUGUUUGCUGUGGCAAAUGUCUACGGUGUGUAUUUUGAGUAGGGAGGCAGUGCAGUUUAAYAACAGGAGAAAUGAGGGUUCAGCCUAACUCUUCCCAUCUCUGUUUUGAGAACAUGUGUGAAGGACCAAGAUGCUCUCACCUGCUGUGAAAUGUGAGGUGUUGGGUGAGUGGAAUAAGGGUAUUUCCCAGAGUUUUCUCUGGGACACAUUUUGCACCUGAUUGCUGCUUUCAGAACUUACCCUGUAGGGGAGAUGUUUUCAGAAUAUUCCUUGUAAGUAAUGUUUUCUCUGUUCUCCUUCAGGAAWCAUUACUGGAAGUAUCUGGAUUAGRGAAUAAUCCAUGGGUUUUGC